UUUUCUCACACGAUAAAGUGAUAAUGAUAAAAUACAUCGUUUUAAAAGUUCAUUAUUUCGUGGAAAUUUUUUUUUGUAAUUAAGGUGUAAACACUAGAUUAAAGUAUUGAUUGAAAUCAUGUGUGCAUACGGUUAUUAAAUUAAUCAACCUAUCGUUCCACAUUUUGAACAUAUAUUAUCACAUUUUUCACUCGUGAAAAGGACUGGCAGUGUACAAAUGCAAUGCAAAUAAAAAAAAGUGAUUUAUUGAUAUUGAUAUAGUACCUAGUAUCAUUUUGAAGCGUACCUACCUAUUUUAUUUAACUGCAUCUCGAAAUGAAUUGCGUUAAAGUGGAUAUUAAAAACAAUAAAACAAUUUUUACAAAUGAAGAAAUACCGAAACCAGAAUCGGAUGAAGAUGUGAUCGUCAAAGUGGCCUAUUCUGGAUUUUGCGGAACUGAUUUACAUAUUAUAAAGGGAGAAUUUACAAACGCUAGGGAUGGAGUUAUAUUAGGACACGAAGUUGCUGGAACUAUUAUAAAUGUAUCGCAAAAAUAUCCUCAUCUUGCAGUUGGUGAUCGAGUUGCUGUUAAUCCAAAUCUGAGUUGCGGAAUAUGUGUUCCAUGUAAAAGAUUGAAGAAUAAUUUUUGCAAAUUGGGAGGUUCAAAAAAUGCCAUAGGUAUAGUCCAAAAUGGAGGCUGGGCUGAAUAUGUCAGAGCAGAUGUUUCUCAAGUGACGAAAUUACCUGAUAAUUUAUCGCUCGAUCAAGCUGCGUUAUGCGAACCAUUGUCUUGCAUUAUCCAUGGACUAGAUAAAUUACACGAUCUGGAUAUGGGUUCCAAUAUUUUGAUAAUAGGAGCUGGAAUCGUUGGAAUGUUGUGGAGUUGCUUAUUGCAUACAUUAGGCCAUAGAAAUGUUAUCAUUUCUGAGCCUAAUGCCAGUCGACGAAAAGUAGUGUCAGAAAUAGGUCUAGGAUACAAGUGCAUGUCUUGGCAAGAUAUCCUGCAAUAUAAAAAAGAAAAUCCCGAAUACAUGAUUGAUAUCUGCAUCGAUUGUAGUGGAAACACAGAUGCCAUGCAAGCAGCUCUUCCGCUAGUUGAAAAUGGAGGCACUUUUUUGAUAUUUGGAGUCGCAGCUCCUGAGAAAACAAUGAUGGUUAAUCCUUACAAGCUGUAUUUAAACGAAAUAACCGUCUUGGGAGUUGUGAUAAAUACACCAAAUUCUUUCGAAAGAGCAGUAUCGUACAUUGAAUCAAUGUCGAAAACACAUUUAAACAUAGAAAAACUCGGUAUUGGAACUUUUCCUUUGAAUGAACAUGAAAAUGCAGUGAGCGCAUUUCAAAAGGGCUCAUUUACUAAAAUUAUGUUCAAAGUUUAAAUAUUGAAUGCACUUCUUUGAUUUUAAUACGAAUUGUUAAUUUGUUUGUCAACUUGAUUCAAUGCAUUAUAUUUAUUCAAUUUUA